UGUUCUGAGCCCUCCAAGCAGUGGUCCGUCCCUUGUGUUGUCACCUGGAAUCUGUGGUGAAGCAGACAAAUCACUUUUAACAUGGCACCUAAGAAGGACGCCAAGCCGGCGGCACCAGCCAAGAAGGCAGAGCCCGCAAAGAAGGCCGAGCCAGCAAAGAAAGAGGAACCCCUACCAGAGCCCCCACCCAAGCCCGCUGUAGCCGCUAUUGACCUGUCUGCUGUCAAGGUGGACUUCACCCCAGACCAGAUUGAGGACUACAGGGAAGCCUUUGGACUCUUUGACAGAGUGGGUGAUGGCAAGGUAGCUUACAACCAGAUCGCCGACAUCAUGCGUGCUCUGGGACAGAACCCCACCAACAAAGAGGUCAAGCACAUCCUCGGCAACCCCUCCCCAGAAGACAUGGCUGCCAAGAGAGUUGAGUUUGAGCAGUUCCUGCCCAUGUUGCAGACUGUGAUCAACAACCCCAACAAGGCGCAGUUUGAGGACUACGUUGAGGGUCUCCGCGUCUUUGACAAGGAGGGUAACGGCACAGUGAUGGGUGCUGAGCUGCGUAUCGUCCUUUCAACGCUGGGUGAGAAGAUGAAUGAGGCUGAGAUUGAUGCUCUCAUGGCAGGACAGGAGGAUGAGAACGGCUGUGUCAACUAUGAGGCUUUCGUCAAGCACAUCAUGUCUGUGUAAGAUCCCUCAAAUUCACAUGGUGAGGAAGCUGAAGAAUUUCUGCAGACCCCAUGGUGUCAGGACAUCCGCCCACUGUUUCCAACUCCACCUGAGAAAUGGAUAAUGAAAAGGACUAUGGGAUGUCAUUCCUAAAACCUGUUCGUGUUGUCACAUUGUUUUAUUUUUCCAUAUAGUUUUUUCCUCCAACUUUUUUUCUUUAUUUUAUCCGUUCUUGGACGCCACACUUUAUUUUUCAGCCGACGUUUCGUGUUGUGAAGCUCCUCCCUCUCUGUCAGGGCAUGUCUCUUCGCAUUGGGCCAUUAGUGAAGGGUGUGAGGGGGCAUCGGACGCUGUGAAGAUGUGAUCCGACACUCCCCCCUACCCCCACGGUCUGGAUUGGUGCUACAGAACGGAGGUGCUAUUGAUGACCCCCACUGUCCCGCAACUGUGGACGACUCAUUGGAACAUGUCUCCCUUUUCCCCCAAAGUCUUAAUUUAUUUUUCACCUCUGUAAUUUCACAUAAUAAACUUUUCACAAAGGA